UUUUCGUUAUCCGCUCUUCUGAUAGCGCAAGCAAUUCUUAUCCAGUCAAGUGACGAUCAAGUGACAGUUUCAGAAUCUUGCUAUGUACGGUUUACGAAACGUGGUUGGAAAAAUUGAAUUAAGUGUGUUCUGAUCGCGUUACGAUUAUUGACUUGUUCAUAAAGAGAUUAGAGAUGAGAUAAAAUUACGAUUUGCUGAUGAGCAAUAUGUAAAUUAAAAAUUAUUAUAAUGUCGUCUUUAUAUUGAAACUUAUACACAUAUGUACAGUGACAAUUAAAAGGCAAGAAUAAACAAAAAAAUGUUGCUGUUGCAACAAUUUGCGGAUUUGUUGAGCCUGAUAACGAUAGGCAUGUGUUUCGUAUUGAAAAUUCCACAGAUAUUAAAAUUGGUUUCUGUAAAAUCGGCUGAUGAAAUGUCGAUGGUAGGACUACUUUUAGAAUUGACAAGUUACACUGUAAUGACUAGUUAUAACUAUUCAAAUGGAUACUCAUUACUAUCCUACUUGGAAUAUCCAAUAAUAUUAGUCCAAGAAUAUAUACUGAUAUUCUUUGUGCUGAAAUAUUUGAGCAAGAUCAAUAUGUGGUCUUUCUUAUGUGCCAUAAUAUACUUUGCACUGAGCAGCUGUUUGCUGCUGGGAAUUGUUCCAAAAGUUAUACUUACACUUUUAGCGCCAAUGUGUACGCCGAUCUCAGCUUCCAGUAAAGUCGUCCAGCUGCUAGCUAUACUUCGAGCUAAAAACGCAGAAUCGGUAUCGCCUCUCACUUGGUUUAUAUCCGCCUUCACUAACCUGACGAGGGUAUUUACAAUAUGGAUGGAUUCUGCCGAUAUAUUACUAUUGGGAAACUUUAUCAUCUCUGUCCUGCUGAGUUCUAGCAUCAUGUUCUCUGCUUUUUAUUAUAGAAGUCGCCCGUUGAAGCAGGAUUAAAUGAAUAACAGGAGAAUUAUACAUCUAGUCACAAACGUAUGUUAUGGAAUUGACGACUUGUGCUAUAUAUUUGUUGAGAGCAUAAUCGUAAAAGGU